ACCUUUUACACUACAGCUGACCGGACCUCUUGCCUAAAAACAACGACAGAAACAGAAAAUAUCACAAAUAUUAGUUUGAAUUUGUUGUAUUUUAGCGUUUUAAAUAAGGGUGACUAUUUGAAGUUAAAUAUGGAGCCGACAGCGCCCAAAAGCAAGCUGAAGAAACUGAGUGAAGACAGUCUCACAAAACAACCGGAGGAGGUCUUUGAUCUUCUGGAAAAACUAGGUGAAGGGUCCUAUGGCAGUGUGUUUAAAGCCAUCCAUAAGGAGUCAGGCCAGGUGGUGGCUAUCAAACAGGUGCCUGUUGAGUCAGACCUCCAGGAGAUCAUCAAGGAGAUAUCCAUCAUGCAGCAGUGUGACAGCCCCUAUGUGGUGAAGUACUAUGGCAGCUACUUUAAGAACACAGACCUGUGGAUAGUGAUGGAGUACUGUGGAGCCGGCUCUGUUUCAGACAUCAUCAGACUACGCAAUAAGACGCUCACAGAGGAUGAGAUAGCCACCAUCCUCAAGUCCACAUUGAAAGGUCUGGAGUAUCUGCAUUUCAUGAGGAAGAUCCACAGAGACAUCAAGGCAGGCAACAUUCUCCUCAACACAGAGGGCCAUGCCAAACUGGCUGACUUUGGAGUAGCGGGACAACUCACGGACACGAUGGCAAAGCGGAACACGGUGAUCGGGACUCCGUUCUGGAUGGCUCCAGAGGUCAUCCAGGAGAUAGGAUAUAACUGUGUGGCAGACAUCUGGUCCCUGGGCAUCACCUCUAUAGAGAUGGCUGAGGGCAAACCUCCCUACGCUGAUAUACAUCCCAUGAGGGCUAUUUUCAUGAUCCCAACCAACCCUCCACCUACGUUCAGGAAGCCUGAGCUGUGGACAGACGACUUCACACACUUUGUAAAGAAAUGUCUGGUGAAGAACCCAGAACAGAGAGCUACAGCCACGCAACUACUACAGCAUCCGUUCAUCACAGCAGCCAAGCCAGUCACCAUCCUGAGAGACCUGAUCACUGAGUCCAUGGAGAUGAAGGCUAAGAGACAACAGGAGCAGCAGAGAGAGCUGGAGGAGGAGGACGACUCUGAAGAGGAGGUGGAAGUGGACUCCCACACCAUGGUGAAGUCUGGGUCAGAGGGGGCUGGCACCAUGAGAGCUACCAGCACCAUGAGUGACGGAGCUCAGACCAUGAUCGAGCACGGCAGUACCAUGUUAGAGGCAGACCUGGGAACCAUGGUCAUCAACAGUGAUGAGGAGGACAACGAUGAAGGCUCAAUGAGGAGACACCCCACCUCCCAGCAGGCCCUGAGACCCUCCUUCAUGGACUACUUUGACAAGCAGGACUCUAAGGUCCAACAGGAGAGCUAUAACCAUAACCGGCAGCAGGAACCAGGCUAUCACAUCAGCCAGGCUAAGGACGUCUUCCCUGACAACUGGAAGGUUCCUCAGGACGGAGACUUUGACUUUCUGAAGAACCUUGACUUUGAGGAGCUGCAGCUGCGUCUGACGGCUCUGGACCCCAUGAUGGAGAGAGAGAUCGAGGAGCUGCGCCAGCGCUACACCGCCAAGAGACAACCCAUCCUCGACGCAAUGGACGCCAAGAAACGCAGACAGCAGAACUUCUGAAGAGCCUGACCUGAGGAACACAUUCUGACCUGGGCCCGUGUUCAUACAGCGUCUCACAUUCCAGAGUGCUGAUCUAGGCUACGGUCCACUUUCCAUGUAAUCUUAUUCCUUAUGAUCUAAAAGGCAGAACUGAUGCUAGAUCAGCACUCUGGCAGCAGAACUGAUGCUAGAUCAGCACUCUGGCAGUAGAACUGAUGCUAGAUCAGCACUCUGGCAGCAGAACUGAUGCUAGAUCAGCACUCUGGCAGCAGAACUGAUGCUAGAUCAGCACUCUGGCAGCAGAACUGAUGCUAGAUCAGCACUCUGGCAGCAGAACUGAUGCUAGAUCAGCACUCUGGCAGCAGAACUGCUGAGGACCUUAGAAAAGGAAUUCUGACCUGGUGCUUUCUGUUAAGACCUGACCAAGGGAGAGGAGAGACCUGACUGCUGUCUGGAAUUUAAUUCACCCUGCUUCUGUGCUUCUAAAUGUCCUCCAUUUUGUCUCUCAUCACCACCCCAGUAGUCAGUGUGACCUGGAGUUAUCCUAUCUUCCCAUGGCUCUGCUGGCCCUCAGGACUAUUUUAAACAAUUAUUAGCCUCCCCCUUAAUUAUGAACCUGUAGGUAGCCUUAUACCCCUCUGUUAAUUAUGAACCUGUAGGUAGCCUUAUACCCCUCUGUUAAUUAUGAACCAGUAGGUAGCCUUAUACCCCUCUGUUAAUUAUGAACCAGUAGGUAGCCUUAUACCCCUCUGUUAAUUAUGAACCAGUAGGUAGCCUUAUACCCCUCUGUUAAUUAUGAACCUGUAGGUAGCCUUAUACCCCUCUGUUAAUUAUGAACCUGUAGGUAGCCUUAUACCCCUCUGUUAAUUAUGAACCUGUAGGUAGCCUUAUACCCCUCUGUUAAUUAUGAACCAGUAGGUAGCCUUAUACCCCUCUGUUAAUUAUGA